UUUUAUAUUUUCAGGUAUGCUAGUAAUGCUGAUCACCUAUCUACAGAUGAUUUAUUGUUAUUUUUAGAGGCAGAACAAGGGAUGCAACGAGUUACAAAAGAUAAAUGUUUAGAAAUUAUCUCUCAUUUUGAACCAACCAAAGAAGGUCGCGGAAAAGGACAUCUGGGAAUUGAUGGUUUCACAGCCUACCUGUUAUCUGAAGAAUGUGAUAUUUUUGACGAAGAACAUAAAGAAGUGUGUCAGGAUAUGACUCAAUCUUUAACUCAUUAUUUCAUCUCUACUUCUCAUAAUACGUAUUUAUUAGAAGAUCAGUUAAAGGGGCCGUCAAGUAUAGACGGGUAUAUAUCAGCGUUAAAAAAAGGUUGUCGAUGUUUAGAACUGGACUGUUGGGAUGGUCCGAAUGAAGAACCUAUAAUCUAUCACGGUCACACGUUAACUUCUAAAAUCUCAUUUCGAGGUGUUAUAGAGGCAAUUUACGAACAUGCCUUCACCAAAUCACAUGAAUCUCAAGCCUUAAAACUGGCCAUGUCGUGUCCCGAGGAGUUUGUUAAUCAUAAUAAACGUUAUCUGUCACGGAUUUACCCCAACGGAAUGAGAGUUGACUCCAGUAAUUAUAAUCCUCAAGAUCUCUGGAACUGUGGCUGUCAAAUGGUGGCUUUAAACUACCAGACAGCUGGGUUGAUGAUGGAUCUCUAUAAUGGCUGGUUUAAAAAGAAUGGUGGUUGUGGGUUCGUAUUGAAGCCGUCAAUAAUGAGAGAAGAGAUAGCGUAUUUUAGUGCCAGUACACGUGAAGUUAUUCCAGGGGUUUCACCUCAAAUCUUACAUAUUAAGAUAAUUAGUGGCCAAAAUUUUCCAAAGCCAAAAGGUUCAGCUGCGAAAGGGGAUGUUACUGAUCCGUAUGUAAAUAUAGAAGUGUUUGGGAUACCAGCAGAUUGUGCUGAAGAACGAACUAGAACUAUUGCACAUAAUGGUUAUAAUCCAAUAUUUGAUGAGAGUUUUGAGUUUCAAAUUAAUCUGCCAGAGUUAGCGUUAAUACGGUUUGCUGUGCUAGAUGAUGAAUAUAUAGGAGAUGAGUUUAUAGGACAAUAUACUAUACCUUUUGAAUGUAUGCAGACUGGCUAUCGUCAUAUUCGACUGUUAUCCUAUACAGGAGGUAUUAUAUUAAACUGUACCUUAUUUGUACAUAUUGCUAUCACCAAUAAACGGGGAGGAGGUAGCUACAAACGGGGCAUGUCAGUCAAGAAAACCAAACGUAGUCGAGAUUAUACCAGUAUGAAAUCUAUCGGUGUCAAGGCCAUUGAUGAAACUUUUAAGAUUGCUAUCCAGCCUUUACGUGAUGGAACAGAUCUUCGAGAUGAUGUCCAGAUAUCUCUGGCAGCGUUUAAAGAAACUUGUGGUCUGGCACCAAUAGCUAAUAUUAAACAAUGUAUUCGUCUCCUAGCAACACGUAUAGCGAACUGUGGUGAACAAUCGUCUUUAACUUAUGUUAUGAAAGGGGAGUAUCCCUGUUUAGAAGCACAAGGAAAUUUACCAGAUAUUUUACGAAAAGCUUUAAUGUCAUUUGAAGAUUUGAUAUCAGAUUGUAAGAAUGUCAUCAACAAUGCUGAUAUGGUCCACGAAAAGUUAUUACACUGUCAGAGAGCAGGUUUAGAAUGGCAUGAAGAAUUAGAAACAGUUUGUCAACAGGCUGGUUUACGUACAAAAAAAUUAACUAAGGCAACAGAGAAUUUUGCGUGGAAUAUCCGGGUAUUAAAGGGACAGGCUGAUUUAGUUCUACAGAGUAAAAAAGAUUGUGAGGAAUAUGUUAGACAGAUCAAGGAAGCUGCCGUGUCAACAGGGUUAGCCAAACAACAAAUAGAACAACAA